GGGGGAGGGGACCGCGGGGAGCGCCGGCCGCAGGGCGGGCCCGAGAGCGCCGCGCGCCCGUCGCCACCAGCCGCGCCGGAGCCCUGCGCCCUGCUGCCCCCGCCCCGGGGGCCCGGCCGACGCCAUGGACCGAGGCCGGGUGCUGGAGCAGCUGCUCCCAGAGCUCACUGGACUGCUCAGCCUCCUGGACCACGAGUACCUCAGCGAUACUGCCCUGGAGAAGAAGAUGGCCGUGGCCUCCAUCCUGCAGAGCCUGCAGCCCCUUCCAGCAAAGGAGGUCUCCUACCUGUAUGUGAACACAGCAGACCUCCACUCGGGGCCCAGCUUCGUGGAGUCCCUUUUUGAAGAAUUUGACUGUGACCUGAGUGACCUUCAGAACAUGCCGGAGGAUGAGGGGGAGCCCAGCAAAGGAGCCAGCCCUGAGCCAGCCAAGAGCCCGUGCCUGAGAAAUGCAGCCGACCUGCCUCCACCACUCCCCAACAAGCCUCCCCCUGAGGACUACUAUGAAGAGGCCCUUCCUCUGGGACCCGGCAAGGCCCCUGAGUACAUCAGCUCCCACAAUGGCUACAGCCCCACCCACUCGAUUGUGGAUGGCUACUAUGAGGAUGCUGACAGCAGCUACCCAGCAACCAGGGUGAACGGCGAGCUUAAGAGCUCUUACAAUGACUCUGACGCAAUGAGCAGCUCCUAUGAGUCCUAUGAUGAAGAGGAGGAGGAAGGGAAGAGCCUGCAGCCCCGACACCAAUGGCCCUCAGAGGAGGCCUCCAUGCACCUGGUGAGGGAAUGCAGGAUAUGUGCCUUCCUGCUGCGGAAAAAACGUUUCGGGCAGUGGGCCAAGCAGCUGACGGUCAUCAGGGAGGACCAGCUCCUGUGUUACAAAAGCUCCAAGGACCGGCAGCCGCAUCUAAGGUUGGCUCUGGAUGCCUGCAGCGUCAUCUACGUGCCCAAGGACAGCCGGCACAAGAGGCACGAGCUGCGUUUCACCCAGGGGGCUACCGAGGUCUUGGUGCUGGCCCUGCAGAGCCGAGAGCAGGCCGAGGAGUGGCUGAAGGUCAUCCGAGAAGUGGGCAAGCCAGUUGGGGGAGCUGAAGGAGUGGAGGGCCCCAGAUCCCCUGUUCUCCUGUGCAAGCUGGACCUGGACAAGAGGCUGUCCCAAGAGAAGCAGACCUCAGAUUCUGACAGCAUGGGCAUAGGCGAUAACUGUUCUAGCCUUGGCCGCCGGGAGGCCUGUGAUCACGGCAAAGGGAAGAAGAGCAGCCUGGCAGAGCUGAAGGGCUCAAUGAGCAGGGCCGCGGGCCGCAAGAUCACUCGUAUCAUCAACUUCUCCAAGAAGAAGCAACUGGCCGACGACCUGCAGACGUCCUCCGCCGAGGAGAUUCCCUGCUGUGGCUACCUGAACGUGCUGGUGAACCAGGGCUGGAAGGAACGCUGGUGCCGCCUGAAGUGCAACACUCUGUAUUUCCACAAGGACCACACGGACCUGCAAACCCAUGUGAACGCCAUCGCCCUGCAAGGCUGUGAGGUGGCCCCGGGCUUUGGGCCCCGACACCCGUUUGCCUUCAGGAUCCUGCGCAACCGGCAGGAGGUGGCCAUCUUGGAGGCAAGCUGUUCGGAGGACAUGGGUCGCUGGCUUGGGCUGCUGCUGGUGGAGAUGGGCUCCGGAGUCACCCCGGAGGCGCUGCACUAUGACUACGUGGACGUGGAGACCUUAACCAGCAUCGUCAGUGCUGGGCGCAACUCCUUCCUAUAUGCAAGAUCCUGCCAGAAUCAGUGGCCUGAGCCCCGAGUCUAUGAUGAUGUUCCUUAUGAAAAGAUGCAGGAUGGGGAGCCUGAGCGCCCCACAGGGGCCCAGGUGAAGCGCCAUGCCUCCUCCUGCAGUGAGAAGUCCCAUCGCGUGGACCCACAGGUCAAAGUCAAACGCCACGCCUCCAGUGCCAAUCAAUACAAGUAUGGCAAGAACCGAGCCGAGGAGGAUGCCCGGAGGUAUUUGGUCGAAAAAGAGAAGCUGGAGAAAGAGAAAGAGACGAUUCGGACAGAGCUGAUAGCACUGAGACAGGAGAAGAGGGAGCUGAGGGAAGCCAUUCGGAGCAGCCCAGGAGCAAAAUUAAAGGCUCUGGAAGAAGCCGUGGCCACCCUGGAAGCUGAGUGUCGGGCAAAGGAGGAGCGCCGGAUUGACCUGGAGCUGAAGCUGGUGGCUGUGAAGGAACGCUUGCAGCAGUCCCUGGCUGGGGGGCCGGCCCUGGGACUCUCCAUGAGCAGCAAGCCCAAGAGUGUGGAAACUGCAAAUAAACCGCAGAACAGCGUUCCAGAGCAAUCUCUCCCUGUCAACUGUGUUUCUGAGCUAAGGAAGAGGAGCCCAUCCAUCGUAGCCGCCAACCAAGGAAGAGUGCUACAGAAAGCCAAGGAAUGGGAAAUGAAGAAGACCUAGGAAGAGGAUAAGGAUUUCAUUCCAAAGGAAAUAUCAGCUCGUCCACCUGAGGAAGAAAUGCUUUUUUCACAAGGAGACACCAAGAGAAGACUAGGAAGUAGCCUUCAUUCUCCAGGGCACCCAAAAAACCAGCCUUUAUUGUCUGCAUGAUUUUAGGGAAUAUGGGGAGGGAAGAAGUAGAAGGGAAGAGGGAAAUUGAGAGCAUCCUUAUGACUUUGAAAGGGUGGAAAUGAAGAUGGAGAGGGACAGAUGUCUGCACAGCCUAAGGGUUUUGUAGUGUCUUGGCCUUCCCUUCUGAAGAAGAAAUGAAAAGUACAUGUGAAUAACCCCUUUCCAUUCCCAUUCACAGUGUCAUACUCCCAGUCCUUAAGGCAAAGGGAGGCAGCACUCAAGCAUUGGUGGUGCAGUGAAAGAGACAAGGCCUGAUCAUCCGAUCACACUUGGGACAACUGGAUUCAUAUUGGGCAUUACUGACAACCCCUGGGCAAGGCAAAGAGGUUGAACAAUCGAUAAUCAUUAUCCCUACCUGCAUACAUGUGAACAAAAGCUAUAGAGGACAUGCAGAUUCUACAGUGAUUCCUCAUUUGCUUUACACAGAGUGCAGCUACUGGAAUCUUUCAGAUUUGAGUGUUUUAAAAUUAGAGCUCUGAAUAUUCAAAAGGAAUGAAAAAUGGAGCAGCUGACAUAUUUUAAGCUCACAGUGAUACUCAGUGACAGGAGCACAUAGCUCUAAUGUCCACAGGAUGUUGUAGGGCAGGGUCUUUCAAUCAGGUCCCUUACCUAACUUCUAUGAUGUUGAGGCUCUUGGGGCUAUGGGUUAGAAAUCCAAGAGGCAAUGUGUCUUUAUUCUAAUGAAGUCCUCACCUUGCACUCAGAGGCCCGCUAGUCUGCCCUUCUAUAUAUUAAGUAAAACCAAGAGAAAUUAAGAGGAUGAUGGCUUAUUUCUCUCACAUGGGUGCUAAACCUUUUAUAAACACUUGAUACUUUUAUAAGGGGAAUAUGGACCUCAAGUCCUGGGCAGUCUCCUUACUGUGCUACUCACUACUGUCUUAACUCUAGGUACUUUCUGGGUCUGUCUUUAACACAUUUCCUUCCAAAAAAGAUAUAACCACU